AUGCCCGUGCGCUGUGUCUAUUUCCACACGCAUACUUUUUUCGCGAUUACUGUACAACUCGAUCCGUCUGAUAUGAGCCUGCCUGCCACGGUGUUGGACCGCCCGUUUGGGCGAUGGUCCGCUCUGUCCAAGUGUUGCGCUCAGAUGAAAGUUUUGGCGGUCGACGAUGAGCGCCGGCGCUCCUUGGGUUUACCGGCGCAUCGAUCCCAAACACAAUCUCCUUCUUUGUUCGGUUUAUCGCGUCGCCCGCGUGAACUUGAUGAUGAGGCUAGUGGAUUAGGAAGAGCCGUAUGA